GGAGAGGGCCAGGUAAGUUUCUCGUCUUUUGAUGCCUACUGUUUGGGUGACUUGGGGGGAGGGGGUCUUCCAGCCUGUGUCUCUGCCUUUGCUUCCUCCCUCUCGUUCUCUCCAUUGGAGACAGAAAGUUAGAUUUUACAAACGCAACAGAGAAUAUCGAAUCCAUGCUCAGACCCCAGACAAACCAAACUCUGGGGCCAUAUUCUUAAUUUCCCGGGUACCUUCAAAUGUCCCGAUGCGGCGUUUAUGGGGCUAGAAAUGUUUCAUUUGUUUCGUGCAUUUCCCUCCUCCCCCACUUUCUUCUUGUGUGAUUCUUAGAGGUGGGGACAGGAGAGCAAGAGGGCUGAGCUGGGAUCCUUUGCUAGGGUGGCUUCAUUCUCGGCGAGCUGGCAGGUGAUUUACUGUAGCCUGAGUUGGGAUCUUGGAACAAUCCUCCCUAGCCCAGGACAUGCCAGAGCUGUAAGUGUUUUCUGCAUUCUGUCCCAGUGGAUCUGAUUCCUGCUCUGUAUCUUUCUGAAGGAUUGAAGUUGAGCAUCAUUAGUGAAAGUCAGCUGCUGCCUGACUGCACACCACAGCAAAAGGCUUUGGAGAUCUUGUUCAGUUAAAACAAUAAUGAUUUUUUUGGAGUGUAAUAUCAGUGGAUCCUGUUUUCUGUAUAGCCUGAAAGAAUACCACACCACCACCAACAAUUCUGUGGCGACCAUAUAAAAUCCACUUUACACCAAACAGCUGAGUGACUCUGGGUUGGUCAGGGGGAACCUUAACAAUUGUAGCUAUCAAUUUCACCUUCUGAAUCGAUCAACCACUGCUACUUAGAGCUGCUGUUGAAAUACCAUGUCUAAGAACUCGGAGUUCAUCAAUCUGUCAUUUUUAUUAGAUCAUGAGAAGGAAAUGAUUCUGGGAGUCCUAAAGAGAGAUGAAUAUUUGAAAAAAGUGGAAGACAAGAGAAUAAGGAAGUUGAAAAACGAACUCUUAGAAGCAAAACGUAGAAGUGGGAAGACUCAACAGGAGGCCAGCAGAGUCUGUGUUCACUGUCAGAGAAACCUGGGCCUAAUCUUUGACCGGGGAGACCCAUGCCAGGCCUGCUCACUGAGGGUGUGCAGUGAGUGUCGGGUCACGGGCCUCGAUGGCAGCUGGAAGUGCACUGUCUGUGCCAAAGUCGCGCAGCUAAGGAUUAUAACUGGUGAAUGGUUUUUUGAAGAAAAGGCAAAACGUUUUAAGCAAGUCAAUGUUCUGGGCACUGAUGUUGUCCGGCAAUCCAUCUUAAGAAGAAGUCCAGGAACUGAGGAAGUACAAAGCCAAGAGCAAACCUGCCAGGACGCGGAAAAGUCAAACACUUCACCUUCUCCUGGGCAGAAGGCCAGCCAUGAUGGGCCCAAGAGAAAGGGAUUUCUUCUUAGCAAGUUCAGAUCAGCAACCAGAGGAGAAAUCAUAACUCCAAAAACUGAAAGUGGACGGAGCUACAGUUUGGACUUAGACAGCCAAAAUUUUCGGAGUUUAAAGUCAGCCCCCGCUUCAGACAGGGGAAGCAUUGGUUCAUCAGAUCUCAAUGACCGGGAUGCUGGUCCUGGGACCCUGAAGAGCAGCCGGAACGAUGGUAUAACCCCAGGCACUCAGAGGUCACCAGCCCCAAGCACACGCAGUGUGACCUCAGUCAGCAGUAGAGAUCAUGGUUUUGAAAAUUCCAUGGGUUUGGCUUCCAUUGAAAGCACCUCUGAAGAGCUCAGAAAGAGUCAUCGCAGAAAUGCUUCAGGCACACCUUCCAUAGCAGUGUCUGGGGCCUCCCUCUCCUCAGACUGGAGUCGAUCUGAGUUAGAUUUGACUGAGUCAUUUACGGAAGACUUAGAGGACACCGUAGGCAUAAAAAGCAAAUCUGUCCCUGGGGCUUUAGACAAAGACUUGGACUCCUUGGAAGAGGCUGAAAAAGAUGCUGAUACCUUAGUGUCCUCCCGGUUUUCUGCAAACACCCACAGUUUGGCAAGCGGCUUGUCAACCAAUUCUCAAGCAGGCUCUGACAGGAUGUGGACCUACCUAAAUGUGCCUGACGCUGACUCAGACACUACCAGCCUUAAUAGCAUGAUGAGUGUUUACAGUGAAACAGGAGACUAUGGCAACGUGAAGGUCAGUGGUGAAAUCCUUCUCCAUAUCAGCUACUGCUACAAAACAGGAGGGCUCUACAUUUUUGUCAAGAAUUGCAGGAAUCUGGCCAUAGGAGAUGAAAAGAAACAGAGGACAGAUGCUUAUGUCAAGUCAUACCUUCUUCCUGACAAGUCCCGAAACAAUAAGCGCAAGACCAAAAUCAGAACAGGCACCAAUCCGGAAUUCAAUGAAAUACUCAAGUAUACCAUCAGCCAUACCCAGCUGGAAACAAGAACUCUGCAGCUCUCGGUCUGGCACUAUGAUCGAUUUGGACGUAACAGUUUCCUUGGGGAGGUAGAGAUUCCUUUUGACUCAUGGAACUUUGAUAAUCCAAGUGACGAGUGGUUUGUGCUUCAGCCCAAGGUGGAGUUCGCUCCUGAUAUUGGCCUUCAAUACAAAGGAGAGCUGACAGUUGUUUUACGUUACAUUCCCCCAGAGGAGAACCUGAUGUUUCCACUAGAACAACUUCAAGGUAGUAAGACCUUUAAGAAGGGAAAGAAGAAGGAAUCACCUGUAAUCUCUGGAGGAAUACUAGAAGUGUUCAUCAAAGAAGCAAAGAAUUUGACAGCAGUGAAAUCAGGAGGCACUUCUGAUAGCUUUGUGAAGGGCUACCUGCUCCCUGAUGAUAACAAAGCCACCAAGCACAAAACUCUGGUAAUAAAAAAGAGCGUUAACCCUCAGUGGAAUCAUACUUUCGUGUUCAGUGGCCUGCAUCCCCAGGACUUAAAGAAUGUUUGCCUAGAACUUACCAUCUGGGACAAGGAGGCCUUUUCCAGCAACAUCUUUCUGGGAGGAGUUCGUUUGAAUUCUGGAAGCGGUGUGAGCCAUGGGAAGAACGUGGAUUGGAUGGAUUCCCAGGGGGAAGAGCAACGCCUUUGGCAACAGAUGGCCAGCAACCCCGGGACUCCCGUUGAGGGUGUACUCAUGCUCCGUUCCAGCAUGGGAAAGCGUAGGCUCUGA